AAAUCACAAGAAAGCCAACCGGCCCCAUGUUGAAUCUUGGCCUUUCUCUCGUCCCAUUUCUCAUCGGUAUCCCUUUAUAUUCUUUCUAAUCGUCACCUACCUUUGUACGCACACUCACCUUAUAAACGACACUCAAAAUACCGUCUUUUUCUCUUCUCCACUAAAAAAACACUCUUAACAUGGCUUCUUUCUUCUGUUCAACCAAAUUCUUUCUACUCCUCUUUUUCGUAUCAGCAAUUCCUACUGCUUUCAUCAUCCACCUCGAAAAUUCCGCCCCCGCAACCCACGUCUAUCAUUACCACAGCACCGGCUGGUUACGUGAGUGUGCCAAAUGGGACGAUUUAAACCGCCGGUUCAUUGUCAGCUUCUUUGAAGGUGGUUUAGGUGUGAUUCCGGUCGAUGCCGACUACUCUCCGGGUAACGUGUUACAGGAAAUUCCGGUCGUGAAGGACGUUGACUUGACCGGCAAUGCGUCGCUCGGUUUAGCUAUAGACCGGGAAAGGAACCGGGUUCUGGUUGCUGUAGCUAAUGUAUUUGGCAAUCGCUAUAGCGCUUUGGCUGCCUAUGAUUUGACGUCGUGGAACCGGAUUUUUCUCACCAAACUUAGUGGGCCAGAGGAUGAGAAAGCAUUUGCGGAUGAUGUGGUGGUCGAUACAGAGGGAAAUGCAUACAUUACAGAUGCCAAAGCAAAUAAGAUAUGGAAGGUGGGCGUGAAUGGAGAACUUAAAUAUACAAUCAAGAACCCCAUAUUUACUCCUAAAGAGUGGUACAAUAAGCUAGUUGGACUAAAUGGAAUAGUUUAUCAUCCAAAUGGAUACUUACUGGUGGCUCAUACAUUCUCGGGCAAUUUGUACAAGAUUGAAAUAGCAAAGCAUGACGAAGUAAAGCUAGUGAAGAUAAAUGGUGGAUCAUUGAAAUUUGGUGAUGGCAUAGAACUGUUGUCUUCGACAAAGCUAGUCGUUGCUGGAAAUCCAACGAGGUUAGUUGAGAGUUCUGAUGAUUGGGAGAGUUGUAGUAUUGUGGGGAAGGCCAAAGGGGCUAUUCAUCGUUUAACUACAGCAGCAACUGUGAAGGAAGGGACUGUUUAUCUUAACCAUAUGAUUGGUUUGGGAUACCCUAGGAAAAAACAUGUUCUUGUUGAGGCUGUUUUUUCUGCUUAAUUUUGCCAACCACAAACUCAAGCCAUCCUUUUUAAUUUGUGUGUGAGAGUAAACUUUUUACGAGGUAAUUUCCAGCUACUGAUUAUGGACCUCAGGCAAGAACUAUCAAUCUUAUUUUGUAGAAUACACCGCAUUUAUUUUAUUACAGCAUCACUUAGUUGCAACAAUUCAAAUGCCGCA